GGGGCCGCCUGUGUGGAGGCGGAGGGAGGGAGGCAGCUCCCCGGGCAUCGUACAGACGACGAGAUCUGAUCACCUGUCCCCCUCACCUGUCCCCUCAUCUAGUGUCCCGGACCCUCAGGAGGCGCCUAUAUGAGGACACGGUCUUGAACCUGUUGGUGGAGCACCAUGGGAAAUCAAGUUGGAAAAAAGGACCAAAGUGGUGAACACAAUGCUAAGAGUGUUGAAGAUUGUGUAGUUGAAGAACAGAAGCCUGUAGUUGAAGAACAGAAGCCUGAGAGUCAAGCAACAGAACCAGUCCAGGAAUGUGAUGAUAAUGAAGUGUUUGAUUCAGCAAAGAACAAUGACAAAGUCAGAGCUCAAGCAGAUGUGAACCAGAACAAUGGCACCUCAUCCAAGGGCACGGCGGUGACUGACUCCACAAGCACAGAAGACCCCCAGGAUAAUUGGAAUCAAGCCAACGCAACUGACCCUCGCCCACAUUUGGUCCGCCUAUUUUCCCGAGAUGCACCAGGAAGGGAGGACAACACCUUCAAAGAUCGGCCUUCUGAGUCAGAUGAGCUUCAAACCAUCCCAGAGGACAGUGGAUCAACUUCACCAGACACGGAUUUGAUGGCUUCUCAGAAACUGUCCCGCCACGGAUCAAAGCCAAUGGCUUCAGCAAGCACUUCAGACCGCUCUAGAUAUGGCCAUGGAGCUCACAGCAGAUACAGAGACACAGGCUUUCUUGACUCUCUGGGCAGGUUCUUUGGAGGUGACAGACAUGUUCCUAGGAAGGGAAAGGAUGUUCAUCUGUCCAGAUCCCUGUCCAGAUCCGGCUACCUCUCAUCCUCUCCCCAGAGGUCUUACUAUGGCCAUGGUAGACAUACCGAUGACAACCCCGUUGUCCACUUCUUCAGGAACAUUGUGACACCCAGAACUCCACCCCCUUCUCAACCAAAGAGAGGAUUGUUCCCCGCCAGAUUUAGCUGGGGCGGAGAAGGGCAUAAGACUUGCUAUGGAUCAUCCAGUCCCAGGUACUAUGAACACCACAAAUCAUCCCACAAGGGAUACAAGGAUGCACACAGAGAUGGUCAAGGAACCCUGUCCAGGAUCUUUAAACUGGGAGGACGAGACAGCCGGUCAUCUUCUCCUAUGGCCAGGCGUUGAAGCUGCCAAGACGUCUACCAAAAAUGAUAUAGCCUGCCUCGUAACCUGAAGUGCCAUUAUCAAUAACACUACUACUUUUUGUAACACUGAUAUACAUAUAAACAAUCUGUCACUUAGAGCCAAUGAGCUGUGACCGCAGAUAAUUUGUGUCACCAGUACCAGAUAAAUAAAAAUGAUAAAUAGGAAGAUGGAAAACACGAUGAUGGACCCUGCUGUCUACAUUCUAAUACAAUAUUAAUCAUAAAGCAAAGUCAAUUCUACCUUUGAACCAAAAUGUUAUAACAUCACAGUGACCACUAGGAGUGUCAAUACGUUGCCUGGCCAGACAACAUGGAUUACCAACAGAAAGAUAAUUAAUAAGCAAUGGUUACCCCCAUUUAGGAAUUUAUUGGUUUGCUUAUUGCUGCUUUGGGUUGAUUUAUAGGUGCAUUUUAUGAUUUUAUUUUUAGUAACAUCCAUUCUCUCUCACAUGCAUGUUUUUCUUUCAUACUAGGUAGAGACAGCAGUUGGAGAGGGUUGCAGGGUGUAAGGGCAAUUUUCUGCAUGUGAAAAUGGGAAAUGGUGAGCUCGUAAAGAUACAAGGUGGUGGAAACUUGGACUAGAAGCUCUGUCCUUGCCAUAAUAUGGGAGGAGAGAAACAGUGAGAGAGACUGGGUAUUUUAGGACGUUCCGAGCUAUCCUGAGUACUGGAUACACACACAGAGCUUACUGCUUACACUUGACACAACUCAGGCUGAAAUCUAUAGUCUACUCUAGAAACUUUACACAAGCAGGGCAAGUAAAAAGCAAGUGAUUCAGUAAACUUCUGAACCUGCUACACUGAUAUAGUGUUGCCUUGCAGAAAUAGACUAACUAUCGUAGUUUACAUUGAGACAUUUAACAAACUACUAGAAAUGACAACAUCUCUAUAGCAGAGGGCACUGAUAAACAGUGGUGCACCAAACAGCUCUUCUGAAUUGCACUGUUUUAUUAAUGAAGUAAAAAUGUACAUUAUAUUGACCUUUAUUUAAUGGGGUUUCUUUAUUUUUACAGCUCUUUUUUAAAGAAAAAACAAAACAAAACCUUGCAUAUUUUAGAAAAUAUCAAGGUACCGGUGUUGCCAUUAAAAUACAGCUUGUUAAUAUGUGCCUUAGUUAAAGUCACAACCAUUUAAUAUGUUAUGGAAUUAUAUACUAAUGGAGUGCAAUGAAUCAUGGGAGCUUAAACACACAAUAAUGUGUACGGAUUGUGAAAAAGAUAGGCAUUGCAGCCCAUAGCUCUCAUUGCCAUCAUGGUCCCAUUUGUUUCUCCUUGUAGGUUUACCCAUCAAAAGUAGUGAUCAUUAUUCAUGUUAUGGUGUUUUUAAAGAUAUUGAAAUAAAGUAAUCAUAUUAGAAUUA